GAAGAAUUAAAUGGAAAGCAUCAUUCUAAUGAUUAUUUCCUCUCUUUUCAGCCGCGUUGUCCGCAAGUCCAUCGCCAGAGUCCUCACAGUUAUCAACCAGACACAGAAGGAGAAUCUGAGGAAGUUUUACAAGGGUAAGAAGUACAAGCCUUUGGACCUGAGGCCCAAGAAGACUCGUGCCAUCCGUCGUCAGCUGACAAAACACGAGCAGAACCUGAUGACCAAGAAGAUGCAGAGGAAGUCCCGCCUCUACUCCAUCCGCAAAUUCGCUGUCAAGGCUUGAGAGGCUGUACUGUUGUUUAUCACUGAAAAAAUAAACAUCCCACCCAGGAAUUCA